AUGAGCGUCCGCGUCGUCGCACGAAUCCGGCCACUGCUCAAGCAGGAGCUCGACAGGGACACCAUCGUCACGGCCGAAGCGCUCGAUGGCGAUUCCACCGCUACAGUCGUGCGGUUACCCAGCCCAAAGAACGAUGCAGAGUCGUUCAGCUUCCAGUUCAGCUCUGUGUACGAGCAGGAAGCCACACAACAACAACUGUUCGAUGCCGAAAUCGCACCGACAGUGAAACACCUGUUCAAUGGCUUUGACCUGUCGAUCUUCGCGCAUGGCUGCACCGGUACCGGCAAGACACAUACGAUGCGAGGAGGGAAGUCGCUGGCCGACCGUGGUGUAAUCCCCCGACUGUUGAGCGCUAUAUAUCGGCGAUGCAAGAAAGUCGAGAAGGACACAGCCGGCGCGACAAAUGUGGAGGUCGCACUGGAAUACUUCGAGAUCUACUGCGAUCGCGUAUAUGACCUUUUUGAGCCUCCGGAGAAACGCACACCAUCUGGACUCCCAAUUCGCGACAAUCACGGAAAGACAGUCGUUGUUGGUCUGACUGAGAAGCCAUGCACAACUUUGAAGGAGUUCGAGCAGCUGUACGAUCAGGCGAACAUGAACCGUUCGACGUCUGCGACAAAGCUCAACGCUCACUCUUCGCGCUCACACGCCGUACUUUGUGUCAAGAUCACACAGACCACGGAAACGACGAUUCGCAUCAGCCGAGCAUCCUGCAUCGAUCUCGCAGGCUCAGAAGACAACCGACGUACAGAAAACAACAAAGAGCGCCUGGUCGAGAGUUCUGCUAUCAAUAAGUCCCUUUUCGUGCUAGCGCAAUGCGUCGAGGCGAUGAACAAGAAGCAGAGCAGGAUACCAUACCGAGAGUCGAAGAUGACGCGAAUCCUCUCACUUGGUCAAAACAAGGGUCUGACUGUCAUGAUCCUCAAUCUCGCACCGACUCGCGCGUAUCACCUGGACACGAUUAGCUCUCUGAACUUUGCCAGCCGCACGAAGAAGAUCGAAGUCGCGGAAGUGGAGAACGACCCGGUUUACAGAAGCAUGACGAAACCUCUUGCAGUGACAAGUAGCAUCGGAGGGGCAAACAUCAAGCGACAGCCUCUACGAGCCUUGACGGCAGCAGCUAAUGCCAAUGUAACUGAGACAGGGAAGGAGAAGAAGGGAGAGAAGCCUGUGAAGGCCUUUUCCGUGUACUCUGAUUCUCGCAAGCCUGUCUCACGUGUAUCUAACCUUGCUUCUCAGAAUCAAGGCGUACGACGGACGGAAGCGCAGAAGCGGGUGGCAGAGCCGAGCAGCACGUUCGUCACCCGGCCUACCAAAACGUUCCGAGCGGCUGACAGCACCUCACGAGUUCGUAACAUCGAGCCCGGUAUGACGAAAGAAUCUAUCGAAGCGCUCAUCGCGCAGAGGAUCGACGAGCGUCUCGCAGAGAAAGCAUUGCAGGAUGCUGCAACUGCAGCUCCUGCACUUUCGGACGAGCUACAGCGGCGCCUUGAUGACCUAGAACACCGCAUUGAUGCAAAGGAAGACGAUGGAAAAUCACAAGGCCUGCAGUUCUUGCUAAUGGCCAAGCAGCAUCAUGCACGGGGCGAAGAUGUUAGCGCUCUUCGCAUGUAUCACUUGGCCGAGCCGUACUUCCCUGGCAACGAGAAGCUACAAUUGAAGAUGAGAAGUUUGGAGGAUCGAAUACGACUAAAGCGCGAAGACGGACAAAAGCACGUCUCGACAACAGCACUGCCAGCACCAGCAUCAAGCCUGAUGGCACCAUUGAAGGCAGACAAGAAGGCCUCUAGGCCGAAGACGGUGUUCCGGGAUGAUGCGGAAUCAGAGGAUGAUGGAUUUGCACCACCGCCACAGUCAGACCACGAUGACUCGUUUGCAUCAGAAGACAGCUUCGUGGCGAGGCCAAAGGUGGCUCGCAAGCCCAAGAAGGUGAUGAAGAAACUUCCUAUCUUCCGCGACGACCUUGAUCUUUCUGCCGCCCCUGGCGAGCAAACACCGCGAACAUCUCAUCUUCUAAAAAUCAUCAACAGCCGGGACGUCAACCAAAUUAAGUCGCUGAAAGGAGUGGGCUUGAAAAAGGCUGAUGCUAUAGUGAAUUGCUUGAUGGAGAUGGACAACGCUGAAGUACAGGACCUGGCAAGUUUGGCUACACUGAAGGGUGUCAGCGGCAAGACUGUGGAAAAUAUGAGGAUGGGACUGAGCAUUGGUGGUGAUUACGAUUUUUGA